AUGCCACCGAAACGGAGUUCUGGCCGCCGGGCUGGCUCCGUCAUAUCCAAUCAUUCCCAACUCGCUGCCGGCCUGUCAAGCCCUGACGUUUUCAACCCCGGCCUACCAAGUAUCCGAAGCAAGCAGUCCUUUGCUUAUGGCUCGUCGAAGACCCCAGCCUUGCCUCGCGAGCUAGGCACAAAUGUCUCAAUGGGAAUCUCAGAGAUGGCUGAGACUAUCGACGUAGGCCUACGACAAGCUCAUGAACGCGACACCACUAUCGACGAAAAUCCACGAAAUAGGAAUCAGCGGAUGGCAACACGCUCACAAACACGUUCUGUCUCGCGAAGCCCGUCCCCCGUUGCGCGUCCGACUCGUCGUCCCGCUGCCAGUAGGUCUCCCGGCCGUCGAGGGCGUCCUCGUCGGGAGCCAACUCCUGACCAACAACUGCUGGAUGCACUGCGCGAAGAGACUCAAAGCCCAUCCCCUUCCCCUCCAAAGCUAUCUACCAUUCUGGGUUCUGACAGUAACCCCGAUUCUACGGCGCCUCCCACGCCUCCUGUGCCACACACCCUCUCCACAGAUACCACUCCUGUUCGUUCGAGUUUCCCUACUACACACCAGAGUCUGCGACCUGGGACAUAUCCGCGUUUGGAUCCUACGCCUGGGAGGUUCCGAUCAUCCCCAGGGCAAGAUGCCUCUGCGCUGGACUCGUCCCGGUUUGAAACUUCUUCAGUCGAUAACAUGUCGACAGUUUCCUGGAACCUGGAGCGUGAGAUUCAUGACGCUGAAUUGCAACGCACGACAGAGAAUUCUACGUACAGACGGCAAGGACCGCAUGGCACAAAUAUUACAGCCCCACCAAAACGUCCUUCCGGACUUUCGUUCUCACGGGAUAUCAUUGAGGAGGAGACUGAAGAAUCUGAGCCUAGUCCUGACCUCACACCAAGCUCAAGCGCUCAGUCAAGCCCUGAGCCGCAGCCCCAGCCCCAGACCGAGCCUGAACCGGAGCCUGAGCCGGAACCAGAGCCGGAACCAGAGCCGGAACCAGAGCCAGAGCCAGAGCCUGAAGUCCAGCCUAGCUCAAAGCCAGCGAGAGAGCCUACGCCGGAGCCAAAGCGUGAAGACGGUUUCUCAACAGCGCCCGCACGAACUAUUAUCCCUCAUACUACCUUUAGAGAGCCCUCUACCGACGAUGCGAGCACAACAUCUGAACAGCCUUUUGCGGCCCGUACAGUACCUCUUGCUAAUAUCAGGACCCCCCAGAUUCUUUUUCCGCGGAUAAACAUCAAUUUUAAAAUGGUCUUUGUCGUGAUAUCAGUGCUGGUUGCUAUAGUGGCCAGUUAUGCAUUCGCUGUGCUUUUAGCUUCUGGUUCCAUGGGCUCCGCUGUCCCCUUCGGAAACCGCGUCCCUUAUUCUCUGAACGCGUCAGAAUCGGAGUUCCUCAGCCGCAUCUCGGGGCAGGUUGAAAGACUGGGUACACAAGUGUCAUCGAUAUCUAGGGAAAUGAGCUCGAUGAGAAUGGAAUGGAACAAAGACCCCACCCAUCCAACAAUCACUCAACCAGUUGCUCUAGUUCCCGCUGAGCCUCCCAGGGUCAACUUCUUGUCACCAGGGACUGGGGCUGUUAUCGAUCCAUACAUGACUAGUCCCACAAGUGGCCGUGCGAGAUCGUUCCUUGGACGUAUGUUUUUCGGAGCUUCGAAAGACAGUCCUCAAGGGGUGCGAGCUCCAGUUACUGCCCUGACGCCUUGGGAUGGGCUUGGUGACUGCUGGUGCAGUGCUCCUCGCGAUGGGCUUUCCCAGCUUACCGUUAUACUCGGUCGCCAGAUAGUGCCGGAAGAAGUUGUGGUAGAGCAUAUUCCCAAGGAUGCGUCCCUGGAGCCGGGAGUUGCCCCGCGAGAGAUGGAACUCUGGGUGCGGUAUGUAUUCAACCAGAGCACGGUCAUCUUAACGGACCCUUCCGUCCCCAAUACGUCGCCAUCUUCUUUAUUGGGGUCUUUCAUGGAGAAGUGGUUCUCCUCUGGUCCCUCCGCCGCCCAAGAUCCCUCUCCCGCGCUGAAACUGUCGACCCACUUGCCACCAUCGAGUUCAUCGGUCUCAUCUCUUCACGACCUAGUCUUGGAAACCCUGCGUCAGACUUAUCCUCGCGAUGCAGAAACAGCUUACUGGGAUGAUGCUUUGCUGGGGCCGUCAUUUUACCGUGUCGGCAAGUGGCAGUACAAUAUCAAUAGCGAGGAUCAUAUACAGCAUUUUAGCCUUGACGCCAUCAUUGACUUGCCAGGUCUCCGUGUGGAUAAACUUGUCUUCAGGGUGAAUUCUAACUGGGGGGCGCAUGAUACCUGCAUAUACCGGCUACGACUAUAUGGACAUCUGUGA